AACCCCUGCAAAAAGUCGUAAGAGUGACUAUACAGUAACUUUUCACUGAUUAAAGGAAUAAGUCACUGAUAAGACCAUGGGAGUUGCAAACUCGAGAGACUAUCAACCAACGAUAACAGUUGUGCUGAAAAGGCGCAAUGAGCCCCUGAAGAAAGAUAAGCCCAAGUGGAAAAGUGAAUAUCCUAUGACAGAGGGCCAGCUGCGCAGUAAAAGAGAUGAAUUCUGGGACACGGCUCCAGCUUUCGACGGCUGUAAAGAGAUCUGGGAUGUGCUAAAAGCUGCAGCUGUAGCGAUUGAAUGUAAUGACCAUGAGCUGGCACAGGCUAUUGUAGAUGGAGCCAGCAUCACACUGCCUCGUGGGUCCCUUAUGGAGUGCUAUGAUGAACUGGGGAACCGCUAUCAGCUCCCUGCAUACUGCUUGGCUCCUCCAGUCAACCUGGUGUCAGAGUGCAAUGAUCAUAAUGUGUCUGAACAUUCUGAGCUACAGGAGAAGAAGGAGAAGGAGUUCCAACAGCUUCAAAUUCAGGAAGACAUUGAUGCCACCAAGCAGCGCUGGUUUUUCUCUGGAAAGCUCACGGAUAAAACACGUUUACAAGACACCAAGCUCCAGAAGGACUUUGUUAUACAGGUCAUUAUUAAUCAGCCCAUUGUUCCCAACUAA